CGCGCGGCUCGCGCGCAUCACGACUUCCACUGCCACCACCGCUCCAUCUCUCCCCUGCCGCCAGUGCACGUCCUCAGGCGCCAUGGCCGUCAUCUUCGAGACGAGCGCCGGCGACAUCACCGUCGACCUGUUCGUCGACGAUGCGCCCACAUGCUGUGAGAACUUCCUAAAACUCUGCAAAAUCAAGUAUUACAACUACUCACCAAUCUACAAUGUCCAGCCGAACUUCUCCUUCCAGAGCGGUGACCCCAUCGGCCCAGAGUCAAAAGAGAGUGACGGCGGAUCGGCGAUAUGGGCGCUUCCCGAUGGCACCACGAAGCGUGCCUCCAGGCCCGAACGCGCCACCUUCAAGCCCGAGUUCUCCAAAAAGAGGAAGCACAAGGAGCGGGGCACGCUGAGCAUGGCUACCACGCCUUCGAAGCUGAACCCGGGUGAGCGACUCGCAGGGAGUCAAUUCAUCAUCACACUGGCGGAUGGGCUGGAGGAGUUGGAUGGCAAAGCAGCAGUCUUUGGCGAGGUUGUGGAAGGCUUCGAUGCGCUUGAAAAGAUCAAUACCGCAUUCCUGGACUCGACAGGGCGGCCUCUGCAGGACAUCAGGAUACUCCAUACCGUAGUUCUCGACGAUCCUUACGAUGAUCCCCCAGGCCUCGUUGAGCCACCGGAGAGCCCUCUGCCAUCAGCUGAACAGCGAGCGACUGUGAGGAUCGCGCACGAUGAAGUUCUGAAGGACGACACAGAUCCGGAACAGAUGGAAAAGCUACGGAGAGAACGCGAAGCGCGCGCACAAGCUCUGACUCUGGAACUGAUAGGAGAUCUUCCCUUUGCGGAUGUCACUCCUCCAGAGCAAAUUCUGUUCGUGUGCAAGCUCAAUCCAGUCACACGCGACGAAGACCUCGAGCUCAUCUUCUCUCGCCUCGGAAAGAUCCUGUCGUGCGAGGUCAUCCGCGAUAAGAAGACGGGGGACAGUUUGCAGUACGCCUUCAUCGAGUUUGCGAACAAGGAAGACUGCGAGCGGGCGUACUUCAAAAUGCAAGGAGUACUCAUUGACGAUCACCGCAUUCACGUGGACUUUUCGCAGAGUGUUUCUAAGAUCGCGGAUGAGUGGCGAAGCAACACAAACUCCAAGACGGCCAGAUCUCGUGGUGGAUUUGGCGGCAUUGACAGCUUGCAGAAGCGCAAGCAGUAUCGUGACGGUGGGAGAGAGGGCGGCAGCGGUCGACAUUACGAUUAUGUAUUCGACAAGCACGACAAAUCCAGGCGAGAUGGCGACCGUGAUAGCACAAGACGAAGAUCUCGAAGUCGCAGUCCCAAACGACAUGAGAGGCACGAAGGAAGACGGGACCGGCCUCGCGAUGAACGGAGAAGGUCACGCAGUCGUGACCGAUAUCACGAUAGGUCUAGACGAUAGCCAGAUAUAUUAUCAAAGGCCUUCGUGGAAUUGCAUCGAAUUCGUCUACCCCAAGGGCCAACAUCAGAUGUGCUCAGCAUUCGGGAAGCAUUCACCUACGCUGUUCACCAAGUUGCACGUGUCGG